AAACCUUAUUUUCUGCGCUGUGACUUCAUACAUCAACGGGGUCUUCGCACGCUGAUAUUGCUGGUUGACGCUCCCUGUCAAAAAUGACGCCAACAUCUUGGACCCAUUUUGUGACCGAGCACAACGAGUCCCUUACCGCACUGUGAUCCAUUCUUCAUCCACAUACACCCACUCCAGCAUCUGACAUUUUAGCAGACGACAGUUGGCCAUGCAAGCCCGGUGGAUGUUCCAUAUUCCCCGUCUUCUCUCACCCUCAUCCGAAAACCAGCCUUUGCUGUUUCUAGGAAUCUCUACCACGGCACGCGUCGUUUUCUGUCCUCCCUCGAGAGUCAUCCCCCUCUCCUACCUUAUUUCGGCGUUGGCAGGUCUCCCUGGCAUGCAUAAAGCAAGAAUGUUUCCCUUCAUCGGAUCUCACGAACGCCUUGACCCUCAUGCAUGACCCUGAGGCCAUUCUGAAUUUUAUUUGUUCCGCCAGCAUUCCUAGCCCAAGUGUUCGUCCAAGCGUUCGAUCUUGCCAGUCAUGGAUGCAUUUGCAUGAAGUGCGGUCCGAUUCGCACCAGGUCUAGCCACCUGCUAGGAUUGCUAGAGAGCAAUUGAGUUGUACUGUAAAAAAAAUCUAUCUGUUCUACCGAUAGGUCGAAUCGCCAAUGCAAGACAAGAACAAUGGCGAACGAUUACGAAGUGCAGAGUUCCGUAGCAGGAGCAAGAUUGGUCGACAAAAGUCUGCCGGAACUGCCCAAGAUCUCGGUCGAGAGUCACCAACAGCAUGCUCAAAUGGACACAGAGGCAUGUCCAAGUCCUACUGUGCGGAAGUAUGAUGAGUUGAGGACGUAUCCACGAAGCGCACGGUCGCGUCUGCCUCCUUUCCAACAGUCGAAGAAAUGGGCAGCAAAAAAGCAAAACUCUACUCGUACGGCUCCAACGCGCGCUCCUCCUGUUGAUGAGAUUUCCAUGACUGUCCAUCGGGAGCCGAUGGCAGAUCCCGACGACAGGAUCCCAACAAUGCGCGAGGUAUCAUUCGACCAACAGCGCGCAGAGUUGAAACAAUCCAAAACUCCAGUCAGCCAGAAACGGCAUUCUGACAGACCACGACGUCCACGGCAUGUCAGCCAGAGCAGUUCUACUCUCCAGGAGGGUGGAAUUUGCCCGCCCAGAGCUACCAACUAUUGGAAGACUGUCAAGGCCACGGUCGUGAUAAGACCUCACAGAACUGCUAGAAAAUGCUUUGGGAGAAGGCCUGUGAGCCGGAGGGCGUCUCUGGCCAGACAGCGGGAACCCAGAGGGGGCCGCACUGCAGGAAGAGUGCCCGUCCCUGCAAAGGUACGAAGUGGAAAGGAGAAACUGCCGUCACAAGUUACCUCGCCUACGCGGAGUCCUACUUUACAUAGAGCCGUUUCGUUGGGCUCACCAUCCGCCGGCUUGGAUAGAUCCUACAGGGAGAGAAGACGAGUUGCAAAACAGCGAUCGCCCAUUCCAUCUCUUCACGAUCCUGAAAAGGAUACUAUAUUUUCCGAAGAAUGCAGGGCCAUUCUGAGCUCCAUGGACUUCAACAGAGACUGGUUAUUGCCAGCGGCCUCAGUCCUCCCAGCGGUUGGAAGACUAUCCGGAAGCGGUGUCGGACAGCUGACUCAACGGAGCCGUGUCACCAGGGAAGACCCCAACCAGGAGAUAUCCGUGCACGAUGCUCUUUCCUCUGUUCCCGAACAGUCGGCGGAGGUUACAACGCAGAUCCCGGCCAUCACCGUGACCACGACACCAUCCGUGGCCAAUUCACCUCGUGGACAACGGCCUCAAGCUCCCGCAAGAGUUUCAAGCAGGACUGUAGGCAGUCUUGCGACCAUGAUGCAAAUGGCACAAUCACACGAAUGUCCAGUCGUUUCAAAGUCCAGCAGCAAUCCUUCUUCGGUGACACCUGCUCAGUUGUGGACAGAUACCCCUGGAACACAAUUUUCAAGCCAGUCGCAAUGGCUACAGCGUGCUCCAUCAGCAACGUCCACUGUGGGUCAUUCUGUUCACAGUCCCAAAUCGGUCAUGAGCACAGAUACGCUGACGAAGAUCGAGGCUCAAAUCCGAAGCAUUUCGCGGUUUACUUCACAGCGUGACGCGAGGAAGAUGUCAAUUUCAAGAUCGGAGUCUAGAAGUGGUGGACCUGUAGGCAUACCACCAGAACGGCCUUUGCCAGCUCUGCCAGCCGAAGCAAAUGUGGAAAAUGUGCCCGGUCAGGGCAGUGUUGCAGCCGAGAGUCGGCGUGGUAGCAAAGAAGAAUCUGAUAUGCAUACACAGACAUCUCCUUCAAAACCGACUUCUCAGUUGGCGCAAAAUCUGUCCCGGUCUCGACCGUCACCUUCACUCUUGCCUUCUGUUGCGUUAUGCGCAGAAGCGACUCCAAUCAGCUCGCUCAAGAGGGAAGAUUCGGGGAGGUCAUCAACGUCAUCCUCCCGCUCCUUCAACCGACACACGAUUUCUGGCCCACGUGCAGAUCGAGUAAAGGAAAAGCGGAUGCGGGAUUUGGCAAACUCCCGGAGUAAUUCGCCAAAGUCAGACUGUGCUGCUGACAGUUCAGGAACACAGGAAAGCAGAUCUAGACCGGGGGUAACUGAUGAUGCUGGUCCUGCUCCUGCUGGGCAACAGUCAGUGGAUCAACUCGACCAGUUUCCAGCAGUUCCAAGCUCGAGGCCGACGAGCUUCUCCAACAAUGCAUCAAGUCCUACCCGUCACAACCGCCGACAGAGCACUUUCAGUCAGGCCAGCUCUGUUCGGCAGUUAUCAAACAACAAGUCUCGUCGUGGCAGCUGCGCUCCCCAGAAACUUUCGCAAAGUAAUAUAUUUGUGGUGGUCGAUUCCGACCCUGUCACUGCACGAUUCCGCGCUGGAGCCAUGAGUCCGACUCCAAGUAUUGGCGGUGGGCACAUGCGAGGUGGAAGCCCAGCCAAGACUCCAGGACAUGUACGAACUGGCUCAAAUCUGAGACAGGUCACCACCAACGAGCCUGACCAACAAAGCCCUGCCAGAAGCGUGAAACAAAAGACCAGUGUCCAGAGUUUGAGGGGUGAAGACGAUUCGACGUCAGCCCGGUCCAGUCGGGUGAAGCCGAGGAAGACCAGACGUGCGGCAAGAAAUAGUAGUGGACAAUGGAGCAGUUCAAGUGAUGAAUACCAGCAACAAGAAUUGCGUUCGCCGAAAAAGACAUCGUUCAGAGCGCACAAACGUCGGAGAUGGAACAGCGGCGACAUUGGUCUGAUUAAGACUCUGCAUCAAGAUCUUGAGGAGUACUACGAGACCAUGCUCAAGCAGGAAGAGAGGAUCAGGUGGCAGGCCCAGCAGAUCCAGAUGAUGAUGCGGGUGUUUGCACCCAUCAACCGUGCCAGAGGAGUCAAGACCUUUUCUCCGUACGUGGAGAUUGAUGAUCCUGCUGGAUAUUAUACCACGACAGAUGACGAAGAGACCAUCAAUCAUUACCCUGGAGCGCAGAAUUCGUUUAGUAAAAUUCAUCGGACUGCCCACUCGGAGCCCAUGGCCCAACAAUAUACAGGCGGCAUAAACAAUGGCAUCGUCUCCAACCAACGCCGUCAUCAUCACAGCAGGACAAACAGCGCAGGAAACGCCAGCACCGCCUCCAGCACGGGCAGCCUGUCGACUGAUGCUAGUAAGUCCCUGGGAGGUGACGAGGCCUCGAUGACCGACCCAUUCGAAUAUGAUCCUGCGCCGUCUGCGACGCUGAAACCCGCACCACUCGGCUCUGCAAAGAAGUUCUCGGACAAGCACAAGCGUGGGGAGUACACUGAACCGAUUGUCGCCGUUCCAAGUUCUCCCACUUUGCAACAGCCUGAUGAAGAUGAUCAUGCCGGCAUCAAAGACUACAAAGCGCAGCAGCAACAACAACAACAACAACAACAACAACAACAACAACAACAACAACAGGGGAGCGAAGCCACCAAAAAUGCUCGCGAGGCCGCUCGUCUGAGCAUCAACCAUGUUCUCACCAACACGGAGCAAAUGGACCGUGCCAUUGAGCAGUUUGCAUUAUAUGGCCGAGACGCUUAGAGAGGCGAUUGUCAAGGGAAACGAGAACGAGAGGGAGGAGAAUUGGCACGAAAUACUGUACUUUUGCUAAUAAUGGACUUCAGUUCGGGUUGUGAUUUGUGACGUGAAGGAACGAAUGUAAUUGAAAUGAAGUGAUGCAUGAAAGAUGCACAAGAUGAUGGAUGCAGCCUGUAUACGUUUUGCUUUUUGAAACCAUCUGGACGGAUUCCCGGAAAUUCCUAGUGAUGGAUAUCUGCUUUUGCUAAUUCAAGUUGGGAUGAGAGCAUUACAUUCACGUACCAGGUAGUCAAUUCCAUAUAUAGUAUAUGGUACUACGGUAGGUGCUGCAUAUAUCGAUAUCCAUACCCAUAUUUCAUAUUAGAAUUGAACAUCACAGUCAG